AUGAAACGUCGCCCGUUACGAGCUGUUGGUAGCUUUGGACUGUAUGCAAUAUGUAUUUUUCUGUCAACAAUCGCUCUCCAGUCCUUAACAACGCCGUCUCCGGUCUCGUCGUUAUCAUUUUCCACCAUAUUGACCCCCCUCGACUUGUUCCUUUGGAAAUCUAGGACCUCUUCUUCGGAGCCGCCUACGAUUUCUACAAUAGAUUUUCGACUAUUUAAUCUAUCGAUUCACCGUGUCCGCUAUAUGGACGAGGACGUUACUACCGAAAAACAAAAGAAUCAGAAUUCACUGACCAAUUCUAUUGCUAAUGUUCACAAGACAUUGACGGAUUUCCUGGCAACUACAACAACUAAACAUCAUUCGGCAGAGGUUUCUAGUGUCAUAGUGACGUGGGAAGAUCAUCCAUUGGCUGUUCAUGCUCGUGCAAAGAAUGCACGACUUGAGACGGAAAAAAACGACGAGGAAAGAGAUUCAGAUAAUGCAUCAGGUGAUUCCAUGUUGGAAUCGUUCUUGUAUGAAGUGCAAAUCUGGGUCACAGGCUGGGGGCUUGAUGGUCUAUGGAAUGCUGCCAAUCGAAGAGUAACCUCAUUGGAUCCAUUUCUUGUACUUGUAGACUUGCCAUUGGAGCAUGAAUUGGGUUUUCGUGUGAGAAUGAAGGCAAAGCAGACAAAAAAGUCGGUGCUGGGAUUUUUACUUCCAAUGGGGUUCUUUGCCACAGAGAUCGACGGAGAAUGGAGUGAUGUGGUGACUUUGUCUCCGACAAGAGACGAUGAGCUUAAAGCUAUUGUCACAUCUUUAGCAGGUAACAAGCUAUUGGUGUUAUUGUUGGCAGUGUAUAUUGGAUCGGGUUGCCUUGUGGUAGUACAGCUGUACGUCCGACCUGGAGUCGCAGUGACACGAACACGAAAAGUGUUCAAAAAGAUGCGCCUGAGUCGUCGAACAACGUUAGACAAAGACAAUGCCAGGAAAGAAUCGAGUCGUGUAGCUGCAACUGAUGUUCACAUUGAUGACAGAAAAAAGUCGAUGCAGGAGCUACAGCACGAAAUCCACGAUCUUCGUCAAGAGUUAGCGGACUCGGAAGAUGAAGUGCGACAGCUCAUGCUGUUCAGUGGCUGCGGAAUCGAGACGCUAGAGCCGCAAGAACUCGAGCAGCUUGAGCGUAAAGUCAAGCACACGCUUAAACGCAUUCAGUAUCUCAAAAAGCACGGCUCGACACCGGAAUUUGCGAUGAGAAAUAGUACGAAAGGACAGCUGUCUGUUACUGACUUUAGCCGACGACGACUGAAGCAGCGAGAAGAUUCUAUACUGAGCCCCAUCGACGAGCAUCAGUCAUUUGAACACUGA